AUGAAAGUAUCAAAGUAUGGAAUUUUUUUUCUUCUUUUAGAUCACAGACAUACAGGAUGCCUAUUGCCCAGUGUUGGUGAUAGUUGUGGUGGUGGCAGGUGGAGUAUUGGUAAAAUAAUAGAAAGAGAUUUCUUUCCAGAUUUAGAAAAAUGGAAAGCCCAAAAAGAUUAUUUAGAUGCAGUUCAACAAAAUGAUACAAAGAAAUUAAGAGAAAUAUAUGAAAAGUAUAGUUUAAGUAAACGAUUGCUUAUUGAACAACCUGAUGCAAGCCCAGAUACAUUUGAAACACCACAGCCAACCAAAGGGUCAAUGAGUAAUAGAACUGUUGAUCCUACAGGUUUAGAUGAUGGAAAACCUGAUGAUUCUAAAUCAAAAGACAAUGAAAUUAUUGGAUUGGACAAAUUUUUAAGCAAUAAUACAAGUGAAGAUAAUCAUAGUUUUGAUGAAAUCAUUAAAGAAGCUGAAAUCCAAUAUAAAAAAAAGAAUGCAUGGUUAUUUGAGGGCGAAAAAAAAGCAUUAGAAAUGGUUGAUAAACUUGAAGUACCUUCAAUAGAAAGUCAAGCGUCUAAUACAGAGCGUGCAUUUAAUUUAGAUUCAUGGGCAUUUAAAAACAAAAACUAUAUCAUGUAUAUUCCUGAUGGAGUAAAAUUAACAAAAGAAGAACUUAUCAAUAUGGCAUCUAAAAGACAAAAAAUUGACCAUUCUAACACGAGACUCAAAUUAAACCCAUUUGACGAAAGACAUAACAAACAACAACUGUGCAGUUUAGCACACAUGCAGACAAGACAGUUAGAUGGCAAAAUUGGAGUUGAUGGCAAAGAACUAACUUCUUCUACACCUAAAAUUAAUGGAUAUGGUUUUGUCAAAACUCCAUCUCCUGCUCCUGGUGUUAAUCAAAGCCCACUGAUGACUUGGGGAGAAAUUGAAGGUACUCCAUUCCGUUUAGAUGGUAGUGACACCCCACUGACUCCUCAUAAUUCUGGUCCUAUUUUCAAAAUACCUGAACAGCCUAAACGUGAAAGAUUAGCACAUGCACUUGCUGAAAAAGCUAGUGAAAGUCAUAGAAAUAAAAAAAUUAAAGCAUUGGAAACAGCCCGAAAACAGUUAUCUACACCAUCGCCAUCUAACUUAAUGAAUAGUCCAUUGGAUCGAUUAAAUUCUAUGUCACCAGCAGCUCAAAGACUUAUAUGUAACCGUAUAAGUAGUGAUAGAAGUAGAGAUACUGCUUUAAGAGCAUCCUAUAGUCCGUCACCACGUACAACUCCAUCUGGGUCACCAUCAAUUUCUGGAUUAAAAGGCAACAUUAAGAAAUCUACACCUACCCAUCAGAAAAAACCAUACGAAGUACCUAAAAACCUUACUGAUAAUUUAUUGAAUAUUAAUGUUUCCAAACGUUCAAGAGCUGUAGAUUUCUUUUAAAAUUUCAAUUACAUAAGUCAUGUUUGUAUUUUAUAAUAUAUAUU